GUGUGUGGACCCGUGCAACCUUGGUUUCUCUCUGCAAAGACCCAGCACUGGGGCGGAACGAAGAUGGUGCAUCACUCCAGGUCCAUUCAGUCCUUCAAGCAGCAGAAGGGGAUGAACACGAGCGUCAGUGGAGUUGUCACAGAGCAGCCAUUGAAGCCAUCGAGGAGAAGCCUGCCCUGUCUGGCCCAGAGCAAAACCCUACCCAACCACCUCAGCAACCACUCCCUACAGCAAGGAUCCCAUCUGAAGGACACGCUAUCUGCAGGACCAUGUACCACAGAUAUCCCUGUCCAAAGCGAGAAGCCCCCGCUGACUGGCUCGAGUGCCAACGACUUACUUUACAGUUCCCAACAGGAUUCUCAGCCCAAACCCUGGGCACCAGAAUCUGUUCCCAUCUGCAUUAUUCCCCAAGAUGACGAUCAGGAGUGGAGCACAGCAGAAUCGGAACAAAGGACCUACGAUUCUCAAACUGACCAUAUCUUUCUCCUUCAGACCUCCACACAGCAAGGAUUGCUGGAGCCCCCCAGCGAUGAGCGGAUGGAUAAGGAACUCUCCGUGUCGGAAAAUAGUCUGUUCUUCAAAGAUGGCAGGAAGAGGAUUGACUAUAUCUUGGUCUACAAAAGAACGGACAUGCACGUUGAGAAAAGGGGCACCUUUGAAAAGAACCUGCGGGCAGAAGGAUUGCAGCUGGAAAGGGAGGUGCGAACAUAACAAACAGCUUCAUUGAUAAUCGUUUUAUUGCCUCGAGUCUUUGAUGAUAGUUUAGUUCAGAGAUACAAUGUGGAAAGAGGCCCUCCGGACACAGAGGGAGAGGUAAAUCAGCCAUGAUUGAAUGGCGGAGUAGACUUGAUGGGCCAAAUGGCCUAAUUCUGCUCUAAGAACUUAUCGAUUCAUGAAAAAUGAUUGCUAUGGAAAGCUAACAAUUUGACGUAUUUUUUAAAAAAAUAUAUCCAAUUUGGACUUAAUUCCCAUUAUAUAUCCUUAAACCUUAAAUGGCCUAAAUCUAAUUCUAGAAUUUAUGAGCUUAUGAAAGC